AAAACAAAAACACAAGUGACAUCAAACUCAAAAAAAAAACAAUCUUUCUCCAAUUAUCUCUUUCUUUUAAGCCCUCUAAAGUUUUCGCAACUUAAUCAUAGAAACAAAAUUAACUUUUUCAAACUUUGUCUGUAACUCACUAGAGGCCUCGGGUUUCUUCAUUGAUCCUCAUUUUUUUCUCUGGAUCAGUAAAAAAAAGGGGCAAUUCCCCUGUUUUACUCUGUUUUCCUCAACUCUGUUCUCUAAUUUUAUGAAGUUAUUAUAAAUGGACAGAAUUCAAGAAAACAACUCUAUGUCUAGUAUAUUUGAUGAGGGUGCUCAAAUUCGAUCUUCAUUAUCUCAACUAAUUCUAACAAGUAGUACAAACACAUUCGAUACGAUUUUUUCUCAUUGUCAAGAAAAUAACCAAAUGACUAAUAGUCCUGUUUUUGAGCCUUUAGGUACUUCAGUCUACCUCAGACAAAGAGAUUUGCUACACAAAUUCUGUCAAGAAAACAUAGCAAAUAUCCCAAUACCAACAACUUCGAAAACAAUCCCUUUUCGAAACUCUUUGUAUACACAAAGUUAUAAGUUUCCAGAGAAGAAAAAACUAUACAGGGGAGUAAGACAGAGGCAUUGGGGAAAAUGGGUUGCUGAGAUAAGACUUCCACAGAAUAGAAUGAGAGUUUGGUUAGGUACUUAUGAAACUGCUGAAGCUGCUGCUUAUGCUUAUGAUAGAGCAGCUUAUAAGCUUCGUGGCGAAUAUGCAAGAUUGAAUUUUCCUAAUGUUCGCGAUCCGAGUAAGUUGGGAUUUGGAGAUGGAGAGAAAAUGAAUGCUGUGAAGAAUGCAGUGGAUGCUAAGAUUCAAGCUAUUUGUCAGAAGGUGAAAAGGGAGAAAGCUAAAAAGGCUGCAAAGAAAAAGAGUGAAAAUGAGAGUAAAGUUAAAGAAACUAUGGAUUCAUCAUCUUCUACUACUACUACUACUACUACUACGACUACUAUGAUUUCACCGAGUGUUUCUGAAGAUGGAUUAUGGAGAAGUGAGGAUUCAACUUGUUCUGUUUUUGGUGAUUGCUUGAAGGAUCCAUUAAUGGAGUCUGAGUUUGAUAGUUGUUCACUUGCAAGAAUGCCUUCUUUUGAUCCUGAAUUGAUAUGGGAAGUUCUUGCUAAUUAGGGCGCGACUAAGUCCAAGACGAGCAAAGCCAUCAUGGUUAAUUAGGAGUUGUUGCUACUGGGACUUAGUUGGUACCAAUUUUAUGUUGUGGGAAAAUGUAAAUGGUUAAUUUUGAAGAUUUAGCUAUAUCUAUCUUAUGACUAGUACUAUUAAGCAGUGAUGAAUGUCUUAUGUGUUUUUCUUAUGGGAUGAAUGGACAUAUUUGAGCUCUAUUUACUCCCAAGUAUAUGUAUCAAAUAUGUUGGGGUUUUGUUAUUUUUAAUUAUAUUAGUGAUGUUUUAAACUA